AUGAGCGGCUCCCAACUGGGGUCCCUGUGGGCGUUGGGGUUCUCUGAAGGGCUCCCGCAUGCAGCACCGGUUGCCGCAGCAGCAGCCGCAACAGCAUCGCUGCCAGCAGCAGAUGUUACCGUGACUGCAAAGCCAGUGGGCAAUAUACCCAGCAGCAAACACAGCAGGAGACGUAGUAGCAGUAGCAGAGACGAGGCUUCAGGGCGGCUAACACUCGGCAGAGAGAGGAGAGCCUCGGAUGCGUCCGAAUCCAGUGUAUCUGUCAUAUCUGUUCCCCCUACACCAGCUGCAGGUCAUGCAGUUGCACCGGCUGGUGCUGCUGUUGCUGCUCCAGCAUCAGAUGCAACACAAGUGGAGGAGAUCCCUCCGUUUUACAGCAAUCCCCGCGAUGUCCCUGCUACAGUUAAUCCGCUCAUGGCGACGCCAGGGGGACGCCUGCACCAGCAGCAGCAGCUAGGGUUGAGACCGCCGCCGUGCGCGUGCGCAAAGGCAAAACCAGCAACAGCAGCAACGGCAGCAACAGCAACGGCAUUAGGAGGAGAGCCAGAAAUUACAGAUCGAGUGGAGCUUCGAUCCGAUCUGUUGCGAUUUCUCCACCAGCAACAGCAGCUUGGGCAGCCGCAUCCACGACAGCAACGGCAGCAGCGGCAGGGCCACACGAAGGAUGGCAACAGAUGUUGUUUUGUUUACUUUCGGCCCCCACCAGACGAUGCUCAAGUGUUCGGGAGCUGCCCCCUCAAGGUUAGGCGCUUGUGGCAGAAAAGAGCAGCUCAGCGUCAAGUGCAGCAAAAACAGCACGAGCACCAGAAGCAACUGCAUCAGCAGCAGCUCCUGCAGAAGCAGCGCAGAUGCGACGUCGAAAUGGAGACCUCAGACCGCCUGCAACCCCUCAGCAAUGAGGGCAACCAUACCAAAAAGCCAGUAGCGAAUCAGCGGCAGACAGAUCAAGUAUCCGAGCUACAGCAGCAAGCACAGCACCGGGGUACGACGAAGCAUGGGGAAAUGCUGCAUCAGGCAGAGACACAAUUGAGAGGCCAGCAGCCGAAGAGAACGAAAGCCGUUGAAUCAAUGACUGGUUGCCCAAGAGAGGCUCCCGACAGCAGUAACCGCAGUAGCAGCAGCCGAAGCAGAAGAAAAGUGCGCAUGGCAACCCGACUGGACAACAACGGCAGGAUUGUAAGCUACGUGGCUCCUCAGGCACCUCAGCAGCAGCAGAAGGAAGCAUUUGGUGCUGCUGAUGCAUCUCAAAGCAGCAGCAGUAGCGGAAGCAGCCAACGCGAGCACGGUUCUCAAGUAAGCGUCGCUUCAGAUGUACUGAAAGCUAAAAUGGGCAUCUUCGACCAGAGCAAAGAGGGGACGAAGCUCCCCAAUAAUGCCCCAGGGGCCCCUACGGGGGCCCAGGCUGCAAGCUAUGGCGCGCUCCUCGCACUGGAGAUCAUCACGGAAUGUCCAACUGCAACACCAACGGAAGCAGCAGCAGCAGCAGCAAUUCCCAACCCCUUCACCUGUGCGGUUUUGGCCAUUUGCUUCGUUCUAAGAGAUGAAAGGCUGCAACUAUGCACGGCGAGAUUGCAGCAGCAGGUGAAAGAGGAGCACCAGCAGCAGGAAUUGUUGUACUCCGACGUAAGCGGUGUAAUUAUAAACGAUCCCAUUGGGCCAUCCGGGACAUCUUGUUGGCGUCCUCCCUUGGCUCCUGGGGUCCCUCAGAGGUCGUCCAAGAGCAUCAGUUCCGGCUGUAUUGAUAGCUGCGUAGACAGGCAGUGGUGGCGGUGUGUGGUUAGUAGCGAAAAAGAGUUACUGCUGAAGUUUUGCAGCGUGGUCGCAGCUGCUGACCCAUCGCUGCUGCUGCAGUGGGAAGAAGGAGGUCGAGGCUUCAACUUUUUAGGCCGGCGUGCGGUUGCCCUGGGCAUAGGCCACCUGUUCAAACUGCGAUGCAGCCGCAGGGCGGAUGAUAUCUCAUCUGCCCCCAUCUGCUCAGGGGUGCCCAAAACAGAUAUCACUGGGAUUGCAAAGGCUUCAGGGGUUCCAGGAAUGGCUGGAACCCCCGCGGCACCUGGUGGGAGGUCCGGGGUGCGGAGGAGGAGACGGUGGGUGCGUGGGAGCUCUGCGGUCUCUGGCCGUCUUGUGCUUGAAGGCUGGCGGCUGUUGCAAAAGGAAGUGAAACUGCAGCACUCCGACCUGAACGGAGUUGCAGCAGAUGUCUUGGGAAUCAUCGCCCCAUCGAUUCCCCCGGCCAUCAUUGCAGCCAUAUGGCAGCAGGCGCAGGAGAUGAGAAGAAGAAAGAUGAUACAGCAACAGAACCAGCAGCAGCCACAGGAUGAGGAAGAUUUAUGGGCACUGCAAACGAUAGCUAAUCUCUUGUCGCACGUCAUGAAUAGAGUGCGGCUUUGUCUCCGCCUCGUGGACAACAGCGAAGUGCUGCCCCGUACAUGCGAACUCGCCAGACUUUACGGCUGCUCGCUGCACUCUGCACUGACACGCGGCAAAAAUGGUCCACAGGGUGCUAACCGUGAGGUGUUGUGUGCGCUGCAGGUCACGGAGCAACCGGCCACUGUAGGGGUGCCUUUGGUUCUUGAGCCCCUUUCAGGGUUUUACUUCUCACCUGUUCUGGUUCUGGACUUUCUGUCCCUUUACCCUUCAAUUGUAAUUGCCAACAACAUUUGUUACUCCACUUGUCUAGGCUCAGUUGAGGUGGAUCCUCUGGAGUCUGAAACGAAGACGCUCGGUGUCUUGACGGUCCAUGCGCCUCCCCAAAUCUUUGCGCAAGUCAUGCAAGCGCAUGCAGACGCCACGGCUGCAGGACCUUCCUCGUGGCCCAGUCCGGGGGCCUCUGGAGAAGAUCCCAUGCGGGUACUGCCCGGAGGUAGCGUCUUUGUUUCACGCCGCGUCCGUCAGGGUAUAUUGCCGACGCUCUUAAACGACAUCCUGCAGACACGUCUCAUGGUGAAGCAGGCGGCUGAGCGAUACCAAGGUGGAGGGCACGCGGACCAGACGCUCUUGAGGAAACUAGACUAUCGCCAGUUUGGUCUAAAAAUGAUUGCUAACGUCACUUACGGAUACACCAAUGCAAACGUGAGUGGGAGGAUGCCCUGUGCCGAUGUGGCGGAUGCGAUCGUCGAGACAGCAAGGGCCACUUUGAUCCGAGCCAUGCAACUCAUAGAGCAGACUCCAAAGUGGAGCGCUCGCGUGCUGUACGGGGACACGGACUCAGUGUUUGUGUUAUUAAAGGGACGAUCACUGGAAGCUGCAUUUGCCAUUGGGAAGGAGAUCGCAGAAGCUGUAACGCUGAGCAAUCCGGCCCCCAUUACAUUGCAGCUUGAGAAGUUCGGAAUCAAGCCAGACAAGACGUGCCUGCAGAUGUUAGCUGUUAGCUCGCAUGAGGAGGCAGCCCGCCGAGGCUACACUUUGUCGCUCUUCAGAGCCUUGCAUGUAUAUCUGCCGUGCUGCCUGAUCACAAAAAAGAGAUACGUUGGCCACGCGUACUUCUCUCCCUCCGGGCCGCCGACGUUUGAUGCAAAAGGCAUAGAGACCAUCCGUAGAGACCAGUGUCCCCUGACAUCGGCCCUUUUGGAGAAAAGUUUGCGCGUCUUCUUCCAAACGCGAGACCUUUCCAAGGUCAAGAAUCUGCUGUACAGACAGUGGAGCAAGAUGUUACGAGGCCAAAUACCCAUCCGACAUUACAUUUUUCAUAGAAGGGCGAAACUUGGCACAUACCGUGCGGAGACGGGGGAGGCACCUGCGGGAACCCUUCCCCCCCAAGCAAAAGUGUUGUAUGAGCGGCUGCAUCACCAAGGACAGGGAGGAGGAGCAGCCUUAGGGGCUGAAUGUUACGGCGUGCGCGUACCCUUCGUGUUUUCUCAAGUGGCGGGAGACACGGACGUUCCCCUAGGUUCAGCAGGUGCUGGGCUCAAGGGGGGCACCACGAGGCUCAUCGACUGCGCCACAUCCCCAGACAAUGUCUGGGGUGGUCGGCGUGAUUCCGCAGAGAUGCAGGCACUGUUGGAGGGACGGGUGCAUGCCUACAUACAGCCCUUUGCUCUCCUGCAGCAGCCAGAAGACGACUUGCUCCAGCAAGAGCAGCAGCAACAGCAGCAUGAGCAUCCAGUCGCGCAGCUUCACUACCGCUACUAUAUUACCAAACAAAUCAUCCCUGCUAUUGACAGACUCUUCUCCCUGUUGCCCCCCCCAGGAUCUGCAGAUCUGCUGCAGUGGUUCAGGGACAUGCCCAAGCCUGCACAGCCACUGGCGGCCGCGGUAGCAUGCCGCUCACGUCAGACACCUCAGCACCAGCAGCAACAGCUGCUGAGACAACAGCAGCAGUCUUUACUGCAGCAACUCGGAAUAAAGUCUCUGACGGCGAGCGGCACAGCCAGGGAACGGCUUGUGCUGCAGCGCUUUUUUGCAAGUGCGUCAUGCCUGUUCUGCGGCAUAAGGUGCAGAGAGUUGGGUCAUUUUCCUUUGUACUCCUCCUCGAAGAAAGUUAUUAGACUCGCACAAACAAGUAAACGAAAGAAAGCAAUGCGCGCCAACCCGGAGGAGGCGGAGGAGGCAGCUGUUCGUAGAAACCUGGUGCAGCAGCUGCUGCAGACCGACUUCAGCAACCCCAGCAGCAGCAACAGCAGUGGAGAUGAGGAGCGGCAUCCUCUGCAAGGGCUUAUGCAUCGGGGGAAGCAGAAAGGAAAGACUACUGAUCUGACGAAGAGAGAAGUUAUUUUAGUGCCUCCCCCCGUCUGCAAGGAAUGCAGCAGCAAUCCUGCGCUCGUUUGCCUCCACCUCUACCAGCGACUGAACAAAGUCGAGCGCAGACUGGCAGCAGCAGCAGACAUGUGCAGACACUGCGCAGGCUCUCGCGUAUGCGCAGAAAGCUGCCUUCAGGCCUGGCACUGUGAUGUGUACUACCGAAGGAACUCGGAAGCCGAGAAGCUCAAAGUUGUCCGUCGCCAAAUGCAAAACUUAGGAAUAUUUAUAGACAGUUGA